AUGUACGUAGUUGACAGUAACAAUCAUCGUGUACAAAAGUUCAUAAACGGAACAUCGAGUGGGAUAACAAUUGCAGGCACAACUGAUUCAGGUGGUUGUUCGCUGAACCAAAUGUAUUAUCCUCGGGGCUUCGCCUUUGAUCCUAGUGAGACAUUUAUGUACGUUGCUGACCGAAGUUGUCAACGAGUUUUACGCUAUCGAACAGAUUCGAAUUCGAGUACUAGUGAAUUUGUAAUAAAUAGAGACACAACAGCAGGCAAUUCAGCCAAACAAUUGAAUGGACCGUGGAGCAUUCAUAUUUCAUCAUCGAAAUCAGAUGAAUUGUUCAUAGUAAACCACGACGGACAGUCCAUAACUCGUUGGGCAGUAGGUGACGUUGAAGGUUCUUUCGUGGCAGGUUUACCGGGUACUUCAUGCACCAAUUCCAGUUGUUUCCAUGAUCCGACUGAUGUUAAACUUGAUAUUUAUAUGAACAUGUAUGUCGUUGAUGGAAAUAAUCAUCGAGUCCAGAUGUUCUGUAAGAAUAGUCGAAUAGGCAUAACUAUUGCUGGAAAUGGUACUGCUGGUACAAGUACGACACAUCUGUCUUAUCCGCAAGGUAUUGCAUUUGAUUCGAAUAUGAAUAUGUAUGUCUGUGAUACGGGCAACAGGCGUGUUCUGAAAUUUGACAAGUUUUAA